AUUAAUAAUUAGUCUUUGCUCCCUACUCUGAGCGUUGAUAUAUGCGCAAGACUGUGACUGGAAGUUCCUUAGCUUCGCGAGCAAAUGCCAAGUUCGGGUAGUAUCUUUCAAGCCGCCGAGAAACAAUAAUGUCACUCGAAAUGAAGCCUCGCAAGAGAUCGAUGAUUGAUAACGUCGAAGAUAACAAAAAAUUUGAAGAGGAUACGGAAUGGAGUAUACUUUAUACACAAAAAUUGCUCGCGAUGCUCGGUAUUUGGCCAUUCGUAAAAGAAGUUGCAAACAAAAAAGAACUUCUAAGGGGGUUCCUGUUAAUCUCGACGAGCUUGGUGCUAAUUGCGUUUAUCAUGGUACCACUAACAAUUUACGCGGCACGGCCAAAUCAAACAUUGAAAAAAAGAAUGAAAGUGUUCGGACCAAUUGUUAUUCGUGUGGCGAAUCUAAUGAAAUGGUACUGGAUUAUUUAUCGUCGCAAGGAGAUCAAGAUCUGUUUCGCUCACCUUAAAAGCGAUUGGAAGAUGGCCUCGAAUGUCUGGGAUCGGGAAAUUAUGAUAAAAAAUGCUUCUGUUGGCCGUCGAAUAACUUUCGUCUCUCUCAUAUUCAUGUACAUCACGGCUGGAUUUUACCAAAUCGUAUUGCCGUUCUUACGUGGCAAAAAAGUUGAUGCUUUCAACCGAACGAUCCGACCAUUCGCUUAUCCCGUUUACGAUAAAUUUCCCAGUGCCCAAUCCUCUCCUCAAUACGAAAUCAUUUUUUACACCACCUUCAUCUCGGCUUUAGUCACUUAUACAACUAUUAUCGCUGCCUGCGGAUUAGUCGCCACUUUUGUUACUCACGCUUCUGGCCAAAUUGAAAUUAUCAUGUACCGUCUCAAUACUUUAUUCGAUAAUAUGAAUGACGAUCUCCAACUUCUCAAUACUCGCGUUGGCGUCGUCAUACGGAGUCACGUUAGAGUACUCAGAUUGACAGAUACGAUUGAAGAGGCACUUAGAGAGCUUUGUUUUACGGAAGUAAUUUCUUCGACUUUUCUAAUAUGCUCGCUCGGAUGGCGAGUGGCGCAAUGGCGAACCGGUGACCACUUAUCAGCUUUUGCCUACUUUCUUUAUCUAGUUACAAUAACUUACAAUCUCUUCAUAUUUUGUUACAUUGGAGAGCUUCUCAAAGAACAGUGUGCUCUCAUUGGAAAAGCCACAUACUUGAUAGAUUGGUGGAAAAUGCCGGGAAAAACUGGCCAAUCAUUGAUACUGAUAAUUGCAAUGGCAAACAUUCCUCGCUCAUUAACAGCCGGAGGAAUAAUGGAACUCUCGGUAACAACUUUCGCCUCUAUUGUAAAAACCGCAGUGGCUUAUAUAAGAUUUAUCAUGUCUCGUGAAUGGCACUGAACGACUUACGAGAAAGAAAACAGGACAGGGAAGAAUCGAAAAAAAUGUUUCACGGACUCAGAUUCGUUGCUGUAUAUGCGUUCCGAAAGUUCGUAGACCAACGUAAUCAGAUAAAAAAUGAGAAACAGGCGCUCGCUAUGUACCUUCCCCUUUCAAAAGUUGCAUCGAAUCGCUGCCGCGAUUCUCCGCUUCCUCCUAACUUUUAUACGAAGUAAACGCUUAUAUGAAUGACGCAGACUUUCCGAUCCCAUACUAAACGCCGCAUCAUAAAAAAUGGUUUAUUUUUGAUGAGAUACUUGUUUUAGUCAUAUUGAUAAUUAAAAGUUAUGGUAAGCAUAUAA